AUGAUCGUGCCAAUAGUCCUGGAGAUUAUGGAUGCUGAUACGGAGCCUGGUGCUUCAACAACCGGACCUAUCCUUCUAGAGGCACUCCUGCAGACACUUUGUCAAGGCGUCCUCUUCGCGCAGGCCGUUCGUUACUGGGACAGCCGGAUAGAAGAUACCCUGCGGUUAAAGGCCUUCGUGGGGACGCUGGUCGUCCUGUCCAUGUUACAGACUGCACUUGAGAUCUAUAAAGUGUGGUUCGUGACUAUCCUUGACCAUCCAUGGUCCGCAAGCCCGCUGAAAUGGACGGACAUCCUCCUAAACGGCGUGAUUGUCGUGCUUUGUGAAACGUAUCUCGUUCGGAGAUGUUGGAUGGCCACGAACAAAAAGAUGUGGAUAUUGAUUCCCUUGGUCGCACUUACGCUCUCAAUUUUCAUUGUCAACGUAUUCUUGGCCAUUGAGGUAGGAAAAGCUACGGGCGACGUCACAGUGGAAGAUGUGCGUAGAUUCUCCCUGAUCAUGGAUUAUGCACCUCAAUUCGAGUUUAUGCAGCCUCUGCGGGCGAGGACCAGGAAUAUGCCAUCGGCUAAGUUUGCAUUUUCGUACUGGAUAUUCGGAUCUCUCGCCCUUGACUCCAUUGUCACGACGAUAUGCAAGUACGGGUAUGCUUGA